UUCCCCCAAAAUAAUGGUCGUCAAUCAUGGAAAUUAUCGUUUUAAUGUUUGAGAACAACACGCUGCUAGAAUUGUAUGUGGGGGGCCGAUGUUGUCAUUUCUCCUCAUAAGUUGAUCCCUAUUCGGAGAAAACCGUAUGAGAGAGUGGGGAAGAGAACGAGAGAGCAGUGCAGUUUUGAAAAGGGUAGAAAAUCAAAUCAGAAGAAACAAACAAAUAAUUUUCUGUGCAAAUUGUUUGUCCUUCUUCUCUUUCGGAAUUAAUUUCAGAUUUCAAUAAUUGACCCAGCUCUCAAAACUCGAUCUUUUCCACUUCUGUGCUUUUUCUUUCGCUCAAUAUUAUAUGUGAUUCUUGAUGAAUGUUAUAUGGGUGUUGUAGAUCACGCGCAGAUCUUGUUGUCUAUAGCAGAAUAACUGGGAAUCUUUGUAAAAUUGGGUGACGAAGAAAGCUAAAACGUGUGGUAUCUGAACUUACAUUUAUCAUGCUUGGGCUUAUGGCGAUGGAGACAUUUCUAUCAUAAAAGGAGACCUGAUCUUCAUUGAAUGGUAACUAGUGGUUGGAAUUGGUUUAAUGAUCCGGUUUUUGCAUGUCAUAUACCUCCUUCAUUAUUGAGGGUUUGUCUACUGGCGGUCGUUUAAUAACUGGAUUGGUCAAUAGCAGUUGAGUUAGCACGAAGAAGAUUGUGAUUUCUAGGUGUAGGUGAUGAUUAAAAAUAUACUCAAUAGGCUCCCACGGAAACAGACCAAGUUAGGGGAUAAUCGUGAUGGAGGAUCCUCUACUUUCUCUACAAAUUCUUCUAAUACUUCGAGAAGCAAUUAUUCUACAAACUCUCGGUUGGGCAAUUCAAAUGCUACAUCUCUUUCAGGGAUCAAUCCGACUUCGGAUUCCGGCCAUACAUCUAAUGCAAAGGUGAAUGGGAAUGCAGUAGUUGCUUAUGAGGCACUGCCUAGUUUUAGUUAUGUCCCUAAUUCCGAAAAGCAAAACUUGUUUAUCAAAAAGCUGAAUUUGGGUUGUGUGUUAUUUGACUUCACUGACCCAACGAAGAAUUUGAAAGAAAAAGACAUCAAGAAACAGACAUUGGUGGAGCUCGUUGAUUACGUUACUUCCACAAAUGUGAAAUUCACAGAAACCGUUAUGCAAGAUAUUAUAAGAAUGGUAUCCAUAAAUUUGUUCCGGGUACUCUCUACUCAAUCUCAUGAAAACAAAGUUUUUGAGGGCACUGACUUAGAAGAAGAGGAGCCCAUGAUGGACCCUGCAUGGCCCCAUUUACAAAUUGUCUACGAAUUCCUUCUAAGGUUCGUGGCUUCACCAGAGACAGAUGCAAAGUUGGCUAAGCGGUACAUAGAUCACUCUUUCAUUUUAAGAUUAUUGGAUCUCUUUGAUUCAGAAGAUCCCAGAGAAAGAGAGUACUUGAAGACUGUUUUGCACCGUAUUUAUGGAAAGUUCAUGGUUCACCGUCCAUACAUUAGGAAAGCUAUCAACAAUAUAUUCUACCAGUUUAUUUUUGAAACCGAGAAGCAUAAUGGAAUUGCAGAACUUUUGGAGAUUUUGGGAAGUAUUAUAAACGGAUUCGCGUUGCCGUUAAAAGAAGAGCAUAAACUCUUCCUCGUCCGGGCACUUAUUCCACUUCACAAACCUAAGUGUAUAUCUAUGUACCAUCAGCAGUUAUCUUAUUGCAUUGCACAAUUUGUUGAAAAGGAUUGCAAACUUGCUGAUACUGUCAUAAGGGGCUUAUUGAAAUAUUGGCCAAUCACAAACAGUUCGAAGGAGGUGAUGUUCUUAGGCGAGCUGGAGGAAGUUUUAGAAGCAACUCAGCCUCCUGAGUUCCAGCGCUGUAUGGUUCCUUUGUUCCGCCAGAUCAGUCGCUGUCUUAGCAGUUUGCAUUUUCAGGUGGCUGAGAGGGCUUUAUUUUUGUGGAACAAUGAUCAUAUCGAGAACCUUAUCAAACAAAACCGUAAAGUUAUACUGCCAAUUAUCUUCCCUACCUUGGAAAGGAAUGCGAAAAAUCACUGGAACCAGGCAGUACAGAGCUUGACACUGAAUGUCCGGAAGAUUUUCUCCGACACUGAUCCUGAGCUCCUUGAGGAGUGUUUGCUGAAGUUCCAAGAAGAUGAAGCACGGGAAGAAGAAACUCGGACGAAACGAGAAGCAACGUGGAAGCGGUUAGAAGAAAUUGCUGCAAUGAAAGCUUCAAGUAAUGAACCUGUGCUCGUUCCUAGCACGAUGAACUUGAAGACAUCAGGCUAGAGACCGAAGAUCUACAGUUGAUUUCUUAGCUUAUUUGGUAUAUAGGUUAUUCAAAUGGCUAGAAUGAGCUCAGAGUUGGAACUAUUACCAGAGAAUUUUAUAUCAUUUUUGUCCACCAUCUUCGUGCUUCUUACUUUUGGCCAGCCGGGUUACGCUGGAAAUGUAGAUAUGAACUUCGGCGACAAAACUACAGGAGGCUUAUGGAGGAAAUUUGUUUUCUUUAGUUUUUAGAAUGAUGGCCUUUGCAAUCAAGAAAUUUAUGUUUAAAUGUUUUUCAACUGAUUUUCAUUUAUGUAUUCUGUAAUCUGCAAUUUAUGUAGUGUAUUUUAUAUGCAUCGCCAUAACAUGUCAUGCAAGGAA